AAUGGCCGACAGGCAGGCAAAACACUGUCCCUCUUGUGCUCUUUAACACGUUUAACCUAUGAAGUUAACAGACGCUGCGUUGAGGGGGCUGUUAUGUAAUGGAUAGAUGAUUUAAGAAGUGUGUUUUUAAAGGCCGAACACAGCUGAUAAGAUUAUCUUUUCGCUGACAAAAUGAGCGAUGUUGUGGAGAAGACCCUGACAGCUCUGCCGAGCCUCUUGUCUUUAGACUCUCAGCCCGGAGCUGCAAAACUGUCCUCCACCUCAAAACUAGGAAACCUCAUCAGGGGCAUCACUGAGCUGACGUCCAAACAUGAGGAGGAAAAGCUUAUUCAACGCGAGCUCACGUCUAUCAAAGAACAGGUGUCCUCCCCAAACACCUCCAUGAGGCAGAUGAAGGAGCUCAUGGUGAGAGCGACCUACUGUGAAAUGCUCGGAUAUGAAGCGUCAUUUAGCUACAUUCAUGCCAUCAAACUGGCUCAACAAGGCACUGCUCUGGAGAAAAGAGUUGGUUACCUGGCUGUCUCUCUGUUUCUGAACGAGGAUCACGAGCUGCUUCUUCUUCUUGUGAAUACCGUACUAAAGGAUCUUCAGAGCACAAACCUUAUUGAAGUGUGCAUGGCUCUUACUGUGGUCAGCCAGAUGUUCCCCAAAGAUAUGAUUCCUGCGAUCCUCCCUCUGGUGGAGGAGAAACUUAAUCACCCAAAAGAGAUCAUACGUCGGAAAGCAGUCCUGGCGCUGUAUAAAUUCUACCAAAUAGCUCCGAAUCAAGUUCAACACAUUCACAAUAAGUUUCGCAAAGCUCUGUGUGACAAGGAUCCUGGUGUCAUGACGGCUUCACUGCACAUCUACCUACAGAUGAUCAAGGAGAAUCCAGAAGGUUAUAAGGACCUGACAGCAAGUGUUGUUACCAUACUGAAGCAAGUGGUGGGAGGAAAACUGCCCAUGGAUUUUAACUAUCACAGUGUCCCUGCUCCAUGGCUGCAGAUUCAGCUUCUCAGAAUACUUUCACUGCUUGGGAAAAAUGACCACAGCACAAGUGAGAUCAUGUAUGAAGUCCUCGACGAGUCCUUACGAAGAGCAGAGAUGAAUCACAACAUCACUUAUGCAAUAUUGUACGAGUGUGUAAAAUGUAUUUACACAAUUCAUCCCAAAUCGGAACUUUUGGAAAAAGCUGCAAAGUGCAUUGGCAACUUUGUUCUGUCGCAGAAGAUUAACCUCAAAUAUCUUGGCUUGAAGGCCCUCACUUAUGUGGUCCAGCAGGAUCCUAGACUGGCCCUGCAGCAUCAGAUGACCAUCAUCGAAUGCCUCGAUCACCCCGACCUCAUCAUCAAGCGUGAGACACUGGAGUUGCUGUUCCGGAUCACUAACGCCCAGAACGUGACGGUCAUCGUGGAAAAGAUGCUGGAGUUUCUGCGGAUCAGUAAAGACGACUACACUACCACUGACCUGGUGGGAAAGGUCGCAGAACUGGCAGAAAAAUAUGCCCCGGACAAUGAGUGGUUCAUUGAGACCAUGAACACAGUGUUUUCAGUGGGUGGAGACGUGAUGCAGCCUGAUAUCCCAAACAGCUUCCUUAAACUGUUGUCUGAGGGAUUUGAUAGCGUGGAGGAAGACAGAAAGUUGAGGCAGUUUGCUGUGGAUUCAUACGUUUCUUUGCUGCAGGGAGGGCCUGGUAAACUCCCCCAGCGCUUCCUCCAGGUCAUCAGCUGGGUCCUCGGUGAAUACUCCCAUUUAAGUGAGGAACUUGAUCCGGCCACAGUCCUGAGCCUGCUUUCUAAACUACUGGACUCUAAGAACACCAGCAGUGAAACCAAGAGCUGGGUGCUCGUAGCCAUGACCAAGCUGUGUGAGGGCAGGGCGGGCGUCUCUGUGGCUCGGGAGGUUUCUGAAACAUACAGCAGCUCCCUGGACACAGCACUGAGACAGAGGGCUCAGGAGCUGCAGCACCUCAGCCAAGACUCUGAACUACGAGCCAGGGUGCUGCCUCGAGACGCCAGCCGGGAACCCCUGGAGGUGGAUUCCUCUCUGUCAUUUCUGGAUGGAUUUGUGUCGGAGGCGUUGGCCGCUGGCGCCGCUCCAUACAAACCUCCCCAUCAGCGGCAAGAGGAACUGGCUCAGGAGAAAGCUCUGAGCCUGGAGCCAUACGGUCUGUCCCUACCCAUCAGCAUGUCCUCCUGCAGCAUCGGAGACAGGCAGUCUCCUACACUGUUGUCUGUAAGCUCCGGUCUGUCAGGGGAUAGCAUUGAGCUUUCACACAAAGGAGGCUCUGCAACUCUGAAGCUGGAUGGUGUGAAGCGGGUCUGGGGGAGGGAGGGCUACCUCUCGAAGAGGGAGUCUGUUGAGGAGACUGCCCAGGUGGAGGUUCCCAGUCCCCUCCGCUCACCCAGCCAGCAGGGAGAGGCUGACAAGUCACACAACCAGACUCCCACUCCCACACCCACUCCUGAGCCUGAGCAGGAGAAACAGCAGCUUGCCUCGUCGCUGUUUGUUGGCCUGGGCUCCCAGAGCUCUGUGUGUCUGAUGGGCAAAUCAGAUUUGACAAACCAGCGGUUCAGGAGAAAAGCAAGAUGUCCGGGCACGUCUUCAGGCAGCAGCGAGAUUACAUCAAAUUCCAUCGUCUCUCCUCCGAGCAUGGUGGACAGCUUACUGUAUAACAACCUCCUGGACUCCAACAUCACGUCAGAACUGGAUUUAGCUUCACCACAGUCUCCACCACAACUCUCUCAGGACCUCAGCACUGCAAACGGCACCUGUGAUGUCGACUUAACUGACAGGGAUGUGACGGCAAAUAACCCAUCUAUUAUUAGGGAUAAUGGUGUUGUAGCUGCUGAAGACCCUGACAAGCCUACAGACUUGUGUCUGAGUUCUCAUCUUCCUGCAGAGCUCUCCGGACUCUCCCGCUCAGAAAUCACUGCUCUUUGCUCCCACCAAAGCCUCCAUCUCUCAGCCUGUCAUGUGCAGGGAGACGACUCUUUAGCACUCGUCGUUUUCAUUUUAAACUCCUCUGACUCUGACGUUCAGCAGAUGCUGCUACAGCUGGACUCAGAUCAACUUGAGGUGUCGAGUGUGUCUGAGAGCCCUGUGCAGGAGGUGAGAGGUGACAGUGUAGUUGUGUGUCAGUACAGCCUGACUGUGAAGAGGCCUUCAGUUCUUGUUGAAGUGUGUGGGGUGAUGUCUUUCAUGUGUUCUGUCGGGACACCUCAGUCGGUUCAGUUUUCAUACAAGCUGCCUCUAGCCAGCUUCAUCAGACCUUUGACGGUGUCCACAGAGGAGUACGGGACGAUGUGGCUGGCGUUUUCUCACGAUACGAAGCAGAACCUGACGCUGAUGAGGGAAGACCGGGAAUCUCUCACUGCCACUCUGAAUGUGCUGAAGAAUAAACUUCAGCUUCAUGUCGUUGAAAUCAUAGGUAUGGAGGGUAUUGUAGCUUGCCGGCUCCUCCCGGAUCAGCCAUGUCUGAUGCACUGUCGCAUCAAUGCAGGAACGCUGGCCGUGUGGCUUCGCUCCCCGAUCCCCGACCUGCCUGACUGCCUGAUCUACCACUGCCAGAGAGCUUUACAGGAGCACUGACCCCCCCCCCCCCCCAACUGUAACAACCCCACACUGACAACACUGAACAAUAUGAACACCCUCAUCUGCUGAGGUGAAAGGUACACAGAGCAGCAGGGCAGAAGUCUCUUCCUCUUAAAUUAACAGAGUUUUUUUUUUUUGUCCACAAAUCAUUUAUCUUUAAUUGGUUAAUUUAUAAAUACUUCACUGGAUCAUACAUAUUUGAAAGAAAUGGCUGUUAAUACCCUCAGGGCCAAAGAGAAGUAUUGUUUUCCUUCUGGAGAUGUUUCAGAAUAACACUGAUGUCUUAAAAUGAUGACAGGGCUCCAAAAUGACUUGAAAACAUUGAUUGAAACAUUGUGAGUGAAAAGAAUACUUAUACUCUGUGUUUUUGGUUGUAAGUGGAAAUUAUGAAUAUCACCUUUUUUUUUUUUUUUUUAAUCUGUUCUAGGUCAUCAUGCUUGCCCACAUGAAAGAUAAUGCAUGCAGUCUUAUUUUUGUUAACAUAGUUUUUACAAGAAAUAAUCAUUUACAGAUUUAUCUCUACUCUUCAUUAAGCAUCGUACCGUUUUAUAAAUGUUAAAAAGUCAGAUACUUCACUUGAUCUUAGCUUUAAGGCCUAGAAGCGAGGGGGGGGGCGCAGAAACACAGAUCAAAUGGAAAGAAAAACACACAUUCUUGCAUUAGAUUGGAUGGUUAAUUCCGUUUAUUGGACGUUUUAGAUGAAACACAGGAAAAAUAUAGAUAUUUCACAGGAGUACCAUUUUUCUUCAAAACAUUGUAGGAGAAUUCAAAAUACUCUUAAUGUAAUAUUUGCAGAGAGCUGCUGUUCUAGAAGAACGUGCACGUCUUAAUGUUUGAGGUUUACAGCCCUGUUUGUUUAAAGGAUUACAUUUUGCUGACGUUGUCCUCAGAGAGCGGCAGAUUGAAGCAUCUACAAAGACAGCAUGUUGUCUUAAAGGUAGCUCAGUCUAUUUGUUGAUGAGAAGCAGGGCUUUUUUCAGUUUUCCCGUUUGCAUUUCGUAGAUGCUGCCUUCUGUGUGCUGUGAUUAUCUAUGCACUCAUGUCUCCGGUGAGUCCGUGUCAGUGAGAUUUGGUGGAUUCGGGUGGUCUUGGAUGAUUAUAUUUUUGUAUUUAGCAGUAUUAAAAACAUAUUUAUUGGAUUUAUAUUCUUACAGAAAAUAUUUUAUAUUCAUUUCUCAAAAAACAAAUCAUUGUGCUUCAUAUUCAGUUUGAAUUCUGUGUCAGAUUUUACUCAUUGCAGUCUGUUUUAUUUAAUUCAUCCUGAAGGGAAAGUUUACUUAACUGCUGAUUUACCCGAGUCCUGAUUGAAAGCACAGCGUGAAGCUUAAAAAUGUGUUACAGAUUCUACUUAACCAGACGCCUUAUGUUCUACGUAAUGCCGUGGCGGCGUUUUUGAUUUGUGCCUGUGGUACAGAGAGAAUCAUUGUUUCUUAGAGUGCCUGUCACUACUUUUUGCUAACUUAUGAAUAAAUCCAACGUCUGUUAACCAACUGAA